AACUCAUAAUCGUAGGCCCUUAAUCUGGGUAAAAAGCUGCUCGUAUUUGAUUCUUCUGACGCAGAUUUGCUGCUGAGGGAGGAGUACAAUGCAUUGGUAAAGUCGGUUAGGAUUGUCGUGUGGAUGUGCAAUUAAUACAUAGCCCCCCGAAAUGCUUCAACAACAGAAGGGUACUAAGAGCAGCAGCUGCAGCAGCAAAACCAUCAGAGGCACCAGCCAGCAGGGGCAAGCCCCAGAUAGAUACAAAGAAGUGUUCGAAAGGUUCAAGGACAUGGCAGCUUUGGACCAGGCACUGGAGCGUCUAAGGGUCCUUGUUAAGAACAAUGUAUGGGACUAUUGUAUUGUCUGGAAAUUGGGAGAUGACCCUUCAAGUUUCAUUGAAUGGAGAGGUUGCUGUUGCAGUGGUGGGAAUUGGCUCGAGAAUGUGAAAGAGGAAAGUGGCAAAGAUCAGUAUUUGUUUGCUCAAUGCAGGGAUGGAGAUUUUAAGCAUCCAAUAAGAACCAAGGCUUGUGAAAAACUCGCCAAAUUUCCUUUAUCAAUACCACUGUACUCUGGCAGGAUUCAUGGGGAAGUAGUAAUGUCAAAUCAAGCAAGGUGGCACGUGAAUUCCAACAACACUUCUUCGGAUGAAGCGAUUGGAACCCAAGUUUUAGUACCAGUUGCGGGUGGUUUGAUUGAACUCUUCAGCACAAACCUGGUACAGGAAAAUCAACAGAUAAUUGAUUUUAUCUUGGCUCAGUACGUUCCUGUUGAACUGGAAACCAUGGCUUCUCAUCGGCGUACACAAUUAAAUGCCGCAGAACCACCGCACAAACCGUUUCUUGAUGAUUGCUUCAAUAACUUGCCAGCAUCUGUUUGCCACAUGAUACCUGUCCCUAAUCUUCAGUAUCCUACCUUUAUACCCAAUUCGAGCAAUCAUCCUAGCUUUGAAGGAUCUUCCAUCAGUUCCGAUCUCCCAAAGGAUUACCAACUGCUUAAUGUAUGUUCAGGUUCAGCAUCUUGUUCCACUUCACCUGAAAAAUCGAGUGGAAGACAUCCAGGAAAUUUGGAUUCAAGAAGAAUGAAAGAUCCUAGUUGUGGUUUUGGAAGUGCUAAAUGGGCUGCUGAGACAAAUGAAAAUCUGAGAGGCAGAAACAAGACAGAAAGAGACAAUUACCACUCCAAGAACCUCAUAACAGAGAGGAAUAGAAGGCACAGGAUAAACCAUGGUCUCUUAACUCUUCGUUCAUUAGUUCCCAAUAUUUCCAAGAUGGAUAAAGCUUCAACGCUUGCGGAUGCAUAUGAUUACAUACAAGAGUUGCAGAAAAGUGUGGAAGAGUAUCAAGGUAAACUCCGAGAUUUGGCAGAGCAGGAGGCCAACAUGUACAGUUCAGAACAAGAGGUCCCAAAGCCGUGCAGAGAAAUUCAAAGAACUGAUUAUCAACCAACAAUUGAGCAAGGUGACAGCAGACGCCAUUCCAGCACCAAUGACAAAAAACAAGGGAAGGUGAAAAUUGAAGUGAGCCAGAUUGGCACAAGGGAUUUCUUGGUGAAGAUCAUAUGCACACAAAAAAGAGGUGGCUUUUUGAGGUUAAUGCAGGCUAUGGAUUCUUUUGGACUUCAAGUGACUGAUGCCAAUGUCACAACUUCUAAUGGCUUGGUCUUGAACGUUCUCAAAGCAGAGGCUUUCAGCGAGGAAAUCCAGCCGACGACUCUGAAGAAUUCAUUAAUGGAGUUGUUUCUUCAAGAUGGCCAAGGAAAAAUACAGCUGGCCUGAGAAUACAGGAUACUGAAACUGAAAUUUACAGAGCUUCACCAUGCUUGUCCUUAAUUAUUUAUGAUGCAUUACUUUUGUAGCUAAAUAACUCCAUAUACAAGGUAAACUUAGCCAAAAUAUCAGCCCAAAUAAGGGUAUUGUAGAAACAUUGUUAGUUUAAGGCAAUGCUUGAAAAUCAGAAGUAUUAGCUGUUACUCCAGGUUAAUACUUCCUCUAAAUAUCUGGACCAGUUCUGAAAUUUUGUUCCUGCAACCCCACUGGUCAAUGGUACAUAAAUCUUCUGCAAA